UUGAUGAUGACAGUUCGCGCGAGGCUCAAAACUGAUCGCGCGCGAACAGCCCAGCAGCUCUGAGGUAAACACAAAAACUGCGUUUACGCUUCGGAUGGAUCCUCUUAGAACUCCGUUAUAAAGCGAUGGACAUGGACUAUCGACAUUUCGAGAGAGAGGCAUGCUACUACUACCUCACUAAUUUUCCUCAAAGACAAGAGUCAGGAUGCUACAGUGAGGUAGAAAUCACCCUAACCAGUCUGAAACUAUUACCUAGAAGAGGUUUAAUAUUAGUGAAUAUCUUGGGUCUCAGUGAGGUCACUAUCAAAUCUGUCUCUAUGAAACUGCGACGCAAAUCAGUCCAGAGAGCUCGACAGCAACAGCAAGAACAUGUGAAGGUCUCCAAGAGCAUCUCUGUGGUGUUGAGUGACACUGACUCUAGCCAGUCAGACAGUGUUGAGGAAAUAAAAGACCAUGCGUCUGUUAUUCCUGAUAUGAAGCAUCCAAUAAAGAAGAGUAGAGCUGGUGCAUCAUGCCGAUUGAGUAAAGAUGACUCUAUGACACUGCGGGGUAAAACGGUCCAGAGAGGUCGACAGCAACAGGGAGAACAUAAGAUCUCCGAAAACAUCUCUGUGGUGUUGAGUGACACUGACUCUAGCCAAUCAGACAGUGUUGAAGAAAUAAAAGACCAUGUGUCUGUUAUUCAUGAUAUGAUGCGUCCAAUAAAGAAGAGUAGAACUGGUGCAUCAUGCCAAUUCAGUAAAGAAGAUGAGAGGCCGCUUUCCAUUGUGGAACCACAACAUGUAACGGUUCAGAAGAUCUCCCUGGCUCCAGGUGCAGUGGCUGAGGACACUCUAGGUAAACUCAGGUUGAUGGCUAACACCUCUGACUCGGAGCCGAGACCUAGAAGCCCUGUUGAGUCUCGAGGAGAGUCUGUAUUGGACGAAUCCAGUACUGAUCUCAUGGUGGAAUCGGGUCCCAGCUCGCCCUGUGGUCCUGUUGUUACCGUAAGAUGCAAAGAAUGCGAGAGUCUUUUCGCCAAGAUGAGAAGACGGCCAACCCCCAAAAAGAAAAGCAGAGAUAGGAAUCCAGCAUCUUUAUCUUGUGAUGAGUGGAUUCUGCUUAAGAAGUGGCACCCUCAGAGACACCGUCAUCGGGAGAAGGGAUUAUUGUGGGCAAGCCUGACUCGCAUCAGGAAGCUGUCAGCAAAAGGCUCCAAUUCUGCAGCAAUCAACAGAAAUCAAGUGAACUGCUCCAGACCUCAUGUGUUUCAGCAGAGGAGUUUGCGUCGCUGCAAGUAUCUAAACUCUAUUCAGACUGACCUGUCUGUUACCAAAGCAAAGCCACGGCAUCGUAAGAGGCCGCGAGCUGUGGUCUGGCCACCCGUUGGAGGGUGGAACUCUGUGGUGAAAAGAAAGUCUUCUUCCAUAAACGACACAUUAUCUCAGCAGCUUUUUCCACUCAACCUCAGUGUCAGUGUGACACAGGAGGACAGACUGCUUGUAGAUGAGCAGAUUUCAGGAUUAAAUGCAGAUCUCAAGCAGAACUCAGAUGCCUCCAGCAAACCGAGGAGGACUAAUGUCCGGGGCAAAUUGAACGAGCAGGAAGUGUCUGAUGGCAUAGACGGAACACGGCGGGUGCUGAAGUUUGAUGACACGACUGAAACUGUUGCUGUGGAAACUGCGGAACAAAGGAAAAGCCCUGGGCAGCAGCAUGAACAUGGAGAGAUUUGUGAAGCCCAGAAAGGUUUCCAGAAUGAGCAGCAGGAAAAGUUGUCUGAGGAUUCGGAUGGGUUCAGGACGCCCACAGAUCUCUUCAGCGUGAAGCCUAAGAUUAAACGAGGGAACCAGAAGAAAGUCUCUGCCUCUGGUGAUACAAAACCUGCCGUACAGAAGCCAAACUUCAUGUCCAUGUUAGCCACACUAGUGAAAAAACAGAACCAGAUUAUUAAGGAACCCUGCAAAUAAGCGUCAAUGGGAGUUUUGUAAUUAGUUCUGUUGUUUUGUAUAAUUGAAGAGACAUGCAUUGCUGCUACAUGCAAGUUUUGUUUCCUCCGUUACUUUUUUAAAUUAAUAGAUCUGAUCUCUGAAAAAAAAAAUCUGCUGGUAUUUAUUGUAUUGCUCCUUUAUUUGUGUUCUAACAUUGGCAUUUGCAUGAGUUAAUAAAUCUUGCAUUAACACAUCUGUUAGUCUGUGCUGUAAACUCCAAGGUGGCUUGAACUGCAGUCGCUGUAAUAACCACAGAGCGGAGCUGUUUCCAAACAAACGUGCCUAUGUGCACUUUUUUUUUUUUUCUUUCUUUCCCAUUUUAGUUUCUUGAACCAUUUAAGUUACAACAUUUGACUUAAGUGUAUUUGUCACAUUGAAAAAAUGUUAUCACAUGUUUUGAAAUCUAACAACAUGAGUUGCAGGACUGCAGGACUUCUCAUUUCUCUUUUCAGUGAAUCAACCAAAACCGUUUUAUCACACAGUAGUUUUAAAUGGAUGCAUGUCCUUUAGACCAGUGCUGUCAAAUGAUUAAUCACAUCCAAAAUAAAAGUUUGUUUACAUAAUA